GCCGUGCGCAUCGGCUCUCUCUGACUUUCUCUGGGAUACGAUACUCAUCACUGCAUUCCCACGCUGCUUUUUUUUUUUUUUUUUAACCAUCUCACAUAAGGGUCCUGGUUUGUUUUAUUGUUGUUGUUGUUGUUGUUGUUGUUGUUGUUUUAAACACACAACAACAUAUUUAUUCAAGUGCAUGCUUGGUGUUUAACCUCAGCCGGGUCAAUGUAUAUAGACGCGUUCAAACGGAUCCUCUUUGAAAGGCUGAACUGCUUGAAGAGGAUGUGUGUGUGUCAGCGCCAGGGCAGCUCAUUCGCCAUGUCUAAGACAGCGGUGAAGAAGCUGCACUGGCGCUCCAAGGUGCAGGACAGCUUCGUCCCCUUGCUGGGCUCGUCGGGUGAGCUGGGCAUCGCCGUCGGCGGAGGAGCGGAUUAUGGAGAGUUUCCUUUCGUCACGUCGGCUCCGGGAGGCGUCCUCACUGUGGGUGACAUCAUCCUAGAGAUCGGGGGAACACCAGUACUAGGGAUGACAUUAGGAGAUGUCCGGGGUGUCCUCAACUCCUGCUCCCAUCCCAUCCGCAUCAAAACCUUGUCUCCAGGCUCCACAUUGUGCAAGGAUCUCAGGUUGUAUCUGAGUAAGUGCUUCACACCCGGCUCAGUGGACAGCCAACUUCAGCAGGUCAUCAGAGAGAACCUCUACCUCCGAGCUGUACCCUGUACAACCAGACGGCCCAGAGAUGGGGAAAUCUCAGGAGUAGACUACAACUUUGUCUCCAUUGAGGAGUUCUUCUCCUUGGAGGAGGCAGGAGCGCUGCUUGAGAGUGGGAAGUUCAAAGGGAAUUACUACGGCACCCCUCGGCCUGUUCACAUCAGCCCAGAGAGCCCCCCCAUCACCUACCAGGAACACCGCAACCUGCUCAGAAACUUCCGCACACGCAGCAAAUCGCUCAGCAACCUGGAGAAGGCUGCAGAGGAGGGCGAGAACAGUGAGGAGGACUUGGGCCUGUCAGGAGGCUCUAUAGGCAUCAGCAGCGGGGUCCCACACAGCCAUCGGUCCCCCCGAAGGCCCAGGACGGCCAGCGGCGGGGAUGGUCGUGUCGUAGAGAACGGGAUCCUCAGCGGCAGAAGCGGUGCCAGGCUGAGAGGUGUGAUGCCUGAUCAUUGGGAGCUGGCCUUCAGUGACCCAGGAAAGUCUCACCAUGUAGAACGCAACCCAAAGAGGACCAGCUGGCAGAGUGCUCGAGCUUCAAGUCGGGAGACCGUCUACAAAAAUGAAUGGUUUACAGACCAGCCCUCUGAGCUCAGGGGUUUCCCUGUGCACACACACCUGACAAAGGGCUCCAGAGGGUUCGGGUUUAAUAUUGUCGGAGGCAGCAGGCCGAGAGAGUUCCUGCAGGUCUACAGCGUUACCUCAAGUGGACCCUCAGCACUCAAGACAGCGGACAUCCUCGUGUACAUUAAUGACGUUUGUGUGCUGGGAGUGUCUCACAAAGAGGUGGUAGAGAUGCUCAAGUCAGUGCCUGUGGGUCACACAGUGGAUGUCGAGGUCAGUAGAGGGUACCCCAUGCUGUACAACCACGACGGCAUUCCCAAGCAACCCCCGCCACGGAUACUGGACAGCGGAGACUCCAUCCUACCACCCACCACCACCCAGCCUCAGCCUCUGCACCAACUACCUCGCCGCCUGACCCCCAGCCCCCAGCCCCAGCACUUUAGUUUCAACGGGGUCCACAGUGACGUGAGCUACAUGGAACCAGGCGUGACCUUGGAUGCUAACGGAAACGCCAUGUCUUUCGCUGUCAGACAACCGCCGUCAUACAGACGCUCCAGCGUGAGCAACCCCGCCUCCUCCGUCCCCAUGCGCCCCCCUCGUUCCAUCAGGGGGUUAGCAAGGCUGCAGUCGUUUGACCCCACGCUCGCCAGCCAGAGUGACAGUGAGGUUGUUUCAGCCAUCGGUUCACACAGGGCUUCAAUGAUCCGUAACCACAACAAUAACUCCCUCUCAACGCCCCAACAUUCCCUGCGUUACGGCACGUCCAAGUCUUCCGAGAGCGACCUGUCCACCUGCACCCUGUCAGGGUCCCGCCUGCCCCUCCCUCAGUCCCCGAGAAGGCCCUCGACCUCCCCCGGUGGCCCGCGAAGCGCUCACGCCCACGCCCACGUCUUCAGACCGCAGACCGCCUCGCACCUCAGACCUCCCCCCACACCUGAGAGCCCCCACUACCGCAGCUUCAACGGUUUCCAUGGCAACACCAGCCCCACUGCAAGUCCGAGCAGCAUGUCCUCUCCCGGAGCGAUGAGCAUGGGCAGUGGGGUUGGCAGUUUAAGCGGAGGGGAGCUGGUUCCAGUUGCCUUAGCCCAGUGUGAAGGAGAUCAAGGGCUGGGCUUCAGCGUGACGGCCGGCGGCCCCGGAGGGAGGAUGACUAUAGUGAAGAGGGUCUGGGACAGGAAGCAGUGCAACUCCCUGCAGCCAGGGGACGCUAUUAUCAAGAUCAACGGAGCAGAUGUUCAGAGCCUUAGCUUUUCACAGGUACAAACAAUUCUUCAUGAACACACCAGGCAGGCAGAAGUCAUCUUGUUGGUCUACAGAGGAGGCAUCUAUCAUUCAACCGUCUCCCCCGGCUCAAUCAGAAGACUCCCUCCGCCUCUGCUCCGCCCCCCUCCUCCACCUGUUGGUUCAGAAAACUCCUCUUUGCUCCCAGACACUCUGCCUGUACCCCGCACUUCCCUCAGCACCCCGCCCUCCCCGGCCAAGAUGAGAUCCUCUCUGAUCCAGAGCACCAGUUUCUUGGAGUCGAUUCCAGUGACCCUGACCAUGGAGCCCAAAGACUGGAUCAACACGGGCCUGGAGGAAGAGGCGGGCGGUGUCACAGUCCCUGAUUCAGGUCUGGAGGGUCAGGGUGUUGAACGAACUCGGCCACUCCGAGGGUUUGAUGUGGAGCUGAGGAGAAAACCUGGAGAGGGCUUUGGGUUCGUCAUUGCCUCUCAGGAUGUGGAAAAUGGAAAAGCUGCUUCUCUACUCCCGCACCGGUUUGUGACGGUCCGGCGAGGCAGCCCGGCGUCCAAGAGUGGUCAGAUCCGUCCUGGAGAUCGAUUAGAGGCGGUGGAGGGACGCUCAGUGGUGACUCUGCCUCAUCGAGAACUCGCUCAGAUCCUUCGGCGGGCGGGAAAUACUCUGCGCCUCACCAUUGUCCCACGCCCCAGCACCUAUUCUUCCAGCCUUUCAGAAACCAACGACUUUGACCCCACUCACAGAAGCAGAAAGGGUCAGAGAUCGCGUCCAAAGCGUGACUCUAGGUAUUACAGCGUGGACUUGGAUCGAGGCCCAUCAGGCUUCGGCUUCAGCUUGCGAGGCGGCAGCGAGUACAACAUGGGCCUCUACGUGCUGGGACUGAUGGAGGGGGGGCCGGCGUCACGGAGCCACAAAAUGCAGGUCAGUGAUCAGCUGGUGGAGAUCAACGGGGACAGCACAGCAGGGAUGACGCACAGCCAGGCGGUGGAGCAGAUCCGCAGAGGAGGCCACCGCAUCCACCUGGUGCUCAAGAGAGGAAACGGCUAUGUGCCCGACUAUGGCCGUGAGCACAGAGUCACCUCCCCCUCCCCCCUGCGUCACCCCAAGGAGCAGGGUUUGGCUGCAGUAGACUCCACUGGGCGGAAGGGGCGCAGCUCCAAGCAGAAAAGGAGAAGCAGGUCUUCAAAUGGACAUGAGGGAGAGCGAGCGACGGUAAGGAGAGGGAGAAGACGGGGCUCAGAUGAGGGCGGAGGAGGGCGCUCUGAAUUAAGGAGCCCAACCUCUGAGCCGGAGGAGAUGUCUCCGGAAGCAAGAGCGAGGACGAGGAGCAGGAGGACGAGGAGUAAAAAAAGAGGCUCUCGGAGUUUACCCAGAGACGCGUUGAGGAGAAAUGAUGAUAGUGAGACGGAAAAAGGGACCGAGAGGGGACGGGAGAGGGAGAGGGGGAGGAGCAAAAGAAGGGAGAGGAAAAGUAGAAAUGAGGAGAGCGUGAGGGAGGCAGAGGUCAAGGAGCAAGAGGAAGAUGAAGGGGAAGAGGAAGAGGAAAAUCAGGAGCAGGAGGAACCUGCAGUUGAGGAGAAGGUGGUAGAAGAGAGAGAGGAGUUCCAGGAGAGAGUCAGUUUAGAGAUGGACGAGAGUGACGAUGACGUUUUUCUUCCCAUUCCAAGUCCCAACCAAAAACUUCCCACACCUAAACUCCACUGGGAGGUCGAGGAGGACGAAAACUGGGGCACGAUGGCAGAACACAGAGAGCCGAGGAGAGAGAAGGAGGUGGAGCGGGAUGAAGACGGGGGGGAAAGCAGAGACGCAGAUCGCGACACGGACCGGAGAAGUGACGAGGACACGCGGGGCGCUGGCGUCGAGAGGCCUUCCUUAGGGGUUGAUGUGAUCGAUCGGACGUCACAGAGAAAUCCCUUCUCCUUCCUCACCUCCACGCCGUCCGCGGAGCAGCUGGGCGACCACGAGUCGGAGUCCGAAGGCAGCCAAUCUGACGGCAGCGUGACUGCUGCCAGCAUCUCAGGCCUCUCCCUGGUCGGCACAGAAGCAGGCAGGCGCAGAGCUGCGGUGGUGCCAGGCCCCUGGCUCCAACCCAGCCAACACAGGGAGGCUCAGGUGGAAGAGGAGGGUGGUAGCCCCGGGAGGCGGGAAGGGCAGGAGGGAGGAAGAAGAAGAAGAAACCCUUUCUCUUUACUUUUUAACAAGAAGUAGCUGAGUCGGUCGAUCUCUCACUGUUAGACUUUGACUCGUUUUGUACCAACAUCUCCUCAUAGUCACUUUGAUAUCUGCAGUAGUAUGAAGUCAUAUUCUUUGUGCCUUUUUACAGCUGACCUCUGGCAGGUGUUCAAUGUUAAAAAAAUCUUAUUUUAACCUGUCAAUGCACCAACAUGCUAAAACAAUUAUGUCACCUUUUACUGUUGAGUCGACUAUUUUAAAAAUGAUACACUCCUUUUUUUUUUUUUAUGUUUGCUGCUCUUGUAAUCACUACCACUAGAGAUGUUCCAGCACCAACCCGGUGGAACAGAUGCCCGUUGAUUUAACGGAUAACGCAGUAACCAGUGUUGGCGAGGAAGCUAGUCAAUGCACCCAUCUGAUGCCGUCACUUAUCAGCUCCACCAAAAACAUUUACUUGUUUCUUCUCUCUAAAACAGAAACUUACACACGGAUAAAAUGUCAUUUACAAACGCAAACAGCAGUGUGCUGUUGGCGAGAGGUUCAAUGCCAGUUACUUAUAACUUGAGUAAGACUUGAUUUUAACUGCUAUAAACCCAGAAACAGAAAAAGAUUUAUGUUAAAAAUUAAAGUUAGCUUCGACACGCUUCAGCAGAGAAUACGCAGAACUAACGGAAAUGUUAGCUUAGCCCGUUCAGAUUGAUUUUCCUUUAUUAGACUGAGCCAUACAACAAUGGCUGUAAUCAUAUGACGUGCAUACUUGGUUAGUAGCAUAGACUGAAGCUGUUCACACUGAUAAGGACGUUAUUCUUUUCAAUCACACCCGUAUCAGAGGGGUGCUUUGAAAUCAGCCAAUACUCAAGUCUAGGUUCUCGGGAAGAAAAGAAAAUGGCAUCAGAACAUCUCUAGUUUCCAGGACAACAAGGUAUUGUCUGAAUGACUUCCUCGACUCUCUGCGUCUCUGUCCUCAUGCGUGCCACUUUAGCUGAGCCUCCCCUCUCUUAAUCAUCCCCCUACUGUACAGAGACUGCACAGACGUUCACUUUAUACCUCAUGAAGACACUGAGCAAUAAUAAUGCAACUGUCACAGACAGCCAUUCUUUCCGCUGCGCCACGUCGAACUGAACUAAGAGGACACUGUGUGACGUGUUUGUUCAAAAUCCUCUUAUGUGGUCACUUGCUUUUCGACUUGUAACGUUGUUCCAUUUCACUGAUUGUGAUCAUGCAAAUCCCCUUUUUGGACAGCAGGUGUGAAAUCUAUAUUCUGUAAAUAUAUGUACAGAAAUAAAUGACAGAACCUAUUGUAAAUACUGUACUAACUGGAGCAAGUUUGUAUUACUAUAUUGUAAUACGUAACAAUAAAUAGAAUAAUAUACAUAUGCAGUAUAUCUAUAUUAAACACUACAGAUACCCAUACAUGUUAUUUAUUAUAGUGUGAUGAGAAAUCAUGUGAAAAGUGGUAUAUAGCUUUUGUGAAGGCUCAUAAAGUAAAUACAGACUAUAUUGUACCUGAUUAUUCAGACAUGAAUGUUUAGUAUUAAGCUGCUCCGGUGUGGAUAAGGAAGCUCUGUGUUGUACCCAUCUUCAGAAGUCAGAAAAGAAAAUGCCAAAAAUAUGCAUAUGCAGUGUGCAUAUUUCCAGUACUGUUAAUAAUAUUGUGUAUGUGGGGUCAGAACAAAAACACGAUCUUGAUUCUAGUGAGUGCUGUGCCCAUCGUGCCACGUACAGUUGCCUUGGUAACAUAAAUCACUUUAUCCUAACUGCUGAUUUUUCUUACUGUGAAAACCCUUUUUGCUCUGAGGUCUCUAAUACGGGGAAAAGUGGGCGAGCCGUUAUGUAGUUUCAGUCAUGCCAAAAAAAAAAAAAAAGGCCCUUACUGUAAAUCUACAAAGAUUAAACUUAGGAUAAAACUCAGUGUGCGUCCAAGAUGGCAAAAAUAGCACAUCCUUUAGUUUUUGCUCUCAUUUUUUUAAUAGUUCUGUUGUUGAAAAAAAACAAAAAACAGACUUAACGGAUACUGUGAGAUUUUAUUUUU